ACUGUUUUUUUGAGUCAAAAGCGCGAGCGGGACAUCUGGUUGUGUACAUACGGAAGCAUUGUAUAAACUAGUCGAUGUUUUAGAAUUAUGGGUGAUAAUAAAAGAGUAUCUUAUAGUCCGAUGAAUGCAGAACUUCUCCGUGAUGAGAAAGAGCCUUUGCGGGAGGCAGAUUUAUCUUCUAAGGAUAUGGUGUGGGUUCCUCAUGAACGAGAAGCAUUUGUCGCAGCUAUUAAGCUUCAAGAACAAGGAGAAAACGUUGUAGUACAACUCGUAGAGUCAGGAAAGAAAUGUACGUUUCCUAAGGAUUAUGUUCAAAGAAUGAACCCUGCAAAAUACGACAAGAUAAAGGACAUGGCAAACCUAUCGUUUAUGAAUGAAGCAUCAGUCUUAAAUAACUUAAAGACGAGAUAUUAUUCAGGAAUGAUCUAUACAUACUCCGGAUUGUUUUGUGUGGUUGUUAACCCAUACAAACGAUUACCGAUCUAUGACGAAGAGAUAGUAGAGUGGUAUAAAGGAAAAAAGCGCCAUGAAAGACCUCCACAUAUAUUCGCUAUUGCUGAUGGAGCUUACCGUAGCAUGCUUCAAGACCGUGAGGAUCAGUCGAUUUUGUGCACCGGUGAAUCAGGAUCUGGAAAGACCGAAAAUACGAAAAAGGUAAUACAAUACCUCGCAUGUGUUGCCACGUCUGCAAAACAUCAAAAAACAUCAGCCAAAAAUGUAAUGUCAAAGUUUAACGGUGAACUUGAAGCACAACUUUUGAAGGCAAAUCCCAUUCUUGAAGCCUUUGGAAAUGCCAAAACAAUUAAAAAUGAUAAUUCUUCACGUUUUGGUAAAUUUAUUCGUAUUAAUUUUGACACAUCUGGAUUCAUUGCUGGAGCUAAUAUUGAAACAUAUCUUUUAGAGAAAGCUCGUGUUAUUCGUCAGGCAGUGGAUGAACGCAGCUUCCACAUAUUUUAUCAGCUUUUGGCAUCAGCUACUCCAGCAAUGCAACAACAACUAUUAUUAAAUCAUGCUAGUGCUUAUCGUUUCCUUUCAAAUGGUAUGAUCGAACUCCCGGGGAUCGAUGAGCAACAAUUUUUCCGUGAAACAACUGAAGCCAUGGAUAUAAUGGGAAUUAAUAACGAGGACCAAAAUGCCAUAUUCCGCGUGAUAUCUGCUGUGCUUCAUCUAGGAAACUUAGAAUUUCGUCAGGAACGAAGUUCUGACCAAGCAACUUUACCAGAUCAUUCAGUCGCUGAAAAGGUAUCCCAUCUUUUGGGUAUCCCUCUGAAUGAAAUGGUCAAAGCGUUUUUGAAACCGCGCAUCAAAGUUGGGAAAGAUCUGGUGUCAAAAGCUCAAACCAAGACGCAAGUGGAAUUCGCUGUUGAAGCUAUUUCAAAAUCUAUCUACGAAAGGCUCUUUCUUUGGUUAGUCGCACGAAUAAAUAAAACACUUGACAAAACUAGACGACCGGGUGCAUCAUUUGUUGGGAUUCUCGAUAUAGCUGGUUUCGAAAUCUUCCAAGUGAAUUCUUUUGAACAGCUAUGCAUCAAUUAUACGAAUGAGAAACUUCAACAACUUUUUAACCAUACAAUGUUUAUCUUAGAACAAGAUGAGUAUACUCGUGAAGGCAUACCAUGGGAAUUUAUAGACUUUGGACUUGAUUUGCAACCGACAAUCGAUCUAAUUGAACGACCUAUGGGUAUCUUCGCCUUGUUGGAUGAAGAAUGCUUCUUCCCUAAGGGAACUGACAAGUCGUUUGUUGAAAAACUCAUCAAAUCUCAGGAUAAACAUCCAAAACUGUGCAAAACUGAAUUUCGAUCUAAUGCUGAUUUCGGUGUUAUUCACUAUGCUGGUCGAGUUGAAUAUAAUUCAAAUCAAUGGCUAAUGAAAAAUAUGGAUCCUCUCAACGAUAAUGUGGUCGCACUGCUUCAGGCAUCAAAUGAUCCAUUUGUUCAGGCUAUGUGGAAAGAUGCCGAAAUUGUAAGCAUGUCAGCCACUACUACGACCGACACCGCUUUCGGUUCUGCUCGUAGUGUUAGAAGGGGAAUGUUCCGUACUGUAAGUCAACUCUACAAAGAUUCACUUAUACGUUUGAUGACUGUAUUGAAAAAUACGUCUCCAAACUUUGUCCGUUGUAUCAUUCCAAAUCAUGAAAAAAAGCCAGGGCGAAUUGAUGGUCCUUUAGUUUUGGAACAACUUAGAUGUAAUGGUGUGCUGGAGGGCAUAAGGAUUUGUCGUCGUGGUUUCCCCUCGCGUAUCCUCUUCCAGGAAUUCAGGCAAAGAUAUGAAAUUUUAACUCCAAAUGUUAUCCCAAAGGGAUUUAUGGAUGGUCGUAAAGCCGUUACUGAGAUGUUGAAGGCUCUCGACUUAAGUCAAGACGUCUACUGCAUUGGUCAUAGUAAAAUAUUUUUCAAAGUUGGUGUCCUGGCUCAGUUAGAAGAAGACCGUGAUAUACACUUGACUAACUCGAUCAUUAAAUUCCAAGCAUAUGCUCGUGGUUAUCUAGCCCGACGAGCUAAGGAACAACGCAUACAAAACAUUCAAGCUAGCAAAAUAAUCCAAAGGAAUUGUGAUGCUUACCUUAAACUGAGAAAUUGGCCCUGGUGGCGUUUGUUUACAAAAGUUAGACCACUUCUUACUGUUACUCGCCAAGAAGAUUUGGUCGCUGUUAAAGAAGAAGAGCUUCGGAAGAUUCGUGAACAAAUGGAAAAAGUUGUCAGUGAGCUUAAUGAAAUGCAAAGAUCCUACGAAAAGUUAAGCAAUGAGAAAGUCCAGCUAAAUGCUGAAUUACAACAAGAACACGAUUCAAAUCAAAAUUUACAGACAGAGCGUGAUCGUCUACGCGAAAAAUUACAAACUUUAGAAGAAGACUAUAUGGAACUUGAGAAUAGAGAUAGUGAAGAAAAAUCAAAAUUACAUAACCUGGAAGCUGAACAAAAACGUCUGUUAGAACAGAUAUCAGAUUUAUCAGAUCAGUUAGAAUUGGAAGAACAACAACGCCAAAAAUUACAAGUUGAAAAGACAUCUAUCGAACAAAAAGUUUCUCAACUUAACGAUGGCUAUGUUAGCAUUGAAGAUAAAUAUAAUAAACUUGUUAAAGACAAAAAGCAGUUGACUGAUCGAAUAGAUUUGUUAACUAGUCAGUUAGCAGAAGAAGAAGAGCGUAGUAAACAAUUAACUAAACUUAAAAGCAAAUAUGAAAGUAACCUUAAUGAACUUCAGGAUAAACUUGUCCGUGAACAAAAAUCUCGUCAAGAUAUCGAAGUGGCAAAAAGACGACUUGAAACUGAGGCUUCCGAACGUCUAGAUCAAGCGUCGGAAUCGUCAAGGAUUGUUGAGGAGCUCCGAGCCACGGUGGCUAAACUUGAGGCAGAAGUUGCUCAAUUACAAAAUCGAUUAGAUGAAGAGAUUGUUGCCAAAGCUGUGGCACAAAAAUCAGUGCGAGAAUAUAAAUCACAUAUUCAAGAACUCAAAGAAGACUUAGAAGCUGAACGAAUGGCUCGUGACAAAGCUGAUGAAGCUAAAAGAGAUCUGACGGAAGAAGUGGAGGCGAUGAGAUUAGAACUCAUUGACAGUGGAACAAACAGCGAGGCACAAACUCAAGCUCUCCGAAAAUAUGAAUCUGAUUUAUCCAACCUACGUCAUCAGCUUGAAGCUCAGUCAAACGCCCAUGAAGCUACUAUUCAAGAUAUGCGCAAAUCUCAUGCUGCAACUCUAGAAACAUUAAACGAUCAAAUUGAACAACUUAAAAAAAGUAAAGUUUCCUUAGAAAGAUCAAAAGUUCAACAAGAUUCAACAACUGAUGCAUUACAGAAACAAAUUCAAAGCCUUAAACAAGACAAAACGGAAAUUGACAAACGUCGUCGUCAAGUUGAACAGCAACUAAAUGAAAGUUUAGUCAAAAUGCAAGAAACAGAAAUGCAACGUAAUGAUUUAGAGUCCAGACUCACUAAAGCAUUGAAUGAAAUUGAAGGUUUGAAUAAUGCAAUGGAAGAAAUCGAAACUAAAUUAGGCAAGGUCUCGCGUUCUGAAACCUCUGCACAAUCUGAACUCAAUCAUUUACGUGCACGUUUGGAAGAGGAAACUCAGGCAAAAUUAAGCUUACAGUUACAGUUACGUCAAGUAGAGGAUGAAAGAGAAACAGUAAAGGAUUCACUGGAUGCUGAAGAACAAGCCAAAACUGCCCUAGAGAAACAUAUUAUAGCACUUACUACUCAGAUGCAAGAUGCAAAGAAAAAAGUGGAGGAAGAUACACAUUAUUUGGAAACCUUGGAAGAUGCACGUAAAAAACUUCAACGUGAAUUGGAUGAUACCCGGAAUCGUAAUGAAGAACUUGUUUCGCAAGUUGAAAAGUUAGAGAAGUCACGCAAGAAAUUACAAAGUGAACUUGAAGAUAUGAAUCAUGUCAUGGCUAGUCAACGAUCUGAUCAAGCUAAUAAUGAACGUCGAAUCAAGAAAUUAGAAUCAACUCAUGCAGAAACUGUUAAUCAACUUAAUAGUUUUCAGGCUCAAAAAGAUGCAUUUUAUCAAGAAAUGCUUGAAAAAGACACAAAAUUAUUCACACAAAAGAAUGAAAUGGAAAAGCUUAAAGAACAGCUAGAAGAGUCAGAACGCCAGCGUUCAUUACUCGCUCGUGAAUUAGAAGAACUUGGUUCUCAUGGGGAUGAUGCUGGUAAGAGUUUAGUAGGGUUGGAACAAACGAACUAUCGUCUAAAUGAACGAUUAAAAGAAACUCAACAACAAAUAGAAGAACUAGAAGAUGAGAUUUCGACAUUUACCAUGGAGAAACAACGUGCAGAGGUUAGUUGAUUCAAUCAAUGUUUUCACCUUUUCCAUAGCAUUAAAUAUAUGUGUAUUGUUUCAUGAUGAGGAACUUCGUUUAUUUUUCAUUCGAUAGGUUCAAAUGAAUGCUGUUCGCACUCAACUAGAACGAGAAUUGGCGUCUCGCGAUGACUUGCUCGAAGAACAAAGACGUCAAUCUCUUAAACGUAUAAGAGAACUUGAAACUGAAUUAGAAGAAGAACAAAGAGAACGUGCUAGUCAUCUUAAUGUUCGCAAAAAAUUGGAAACUGAUCUUGCAGAUAUUAGUCAACGCUUUGAAUUAGCGAAUCGACAAAAAGAAGAAGCUGUAAAACAAUUGAAAAAAUACCAAGGUGUUACUGGUGGCAUUCAGCGUGAACUUGAAGAUGCUGCCCGUGCUCGUGAUCAAGCUAUAGAUUCUGCACGAGAAUUGGACAAGAAAUAUCGUAUGCUGGAUGCAGAUAAAGCUCGACUUCAAGAAGAUUUAGGUGUAAGUGAAAGAACUUGUCGUAAUCUAAAGAGUGAUUUAAAUGAAGCUUUGGAGGAGUUAUCUAUUGCAAAUAAUGCCAAGUAAGUUGCUUAUUUGUUCCAAUAUUAUCAAUUUUAUGUGUUGAUUUUUAUUUUAUAUUACGGCUAAAAUCAAUUACCUCAUAUAUUCUUUAGAACUUUAGCACUGGAAGAAAAGAAGCGUUUAGAAGCUCGUAUUACUGCUUUAGAGGAUCAACUGGAAGAAAUACAAAGUGCCAUGGAUGCUACAGAAGAGCGCCACAAACGAGUCUACUGUCAAAUGGAACAAGCUCAGACAGAUUUAAGCGUCGAGAAGAAUAACUUCCUACGUUCAGAGUGUCAGAGAGUCUCUCUUGAAAAACAGGUACGUUCUUUAAAGUUGUUAAUUGUUAUAUCACAUUCAACAAACUAAUUUUUGACUUCCCACAAUUAUGGUUUCAUUUCGCCUAUGGAAUUUUAGGUGAAAGAAUUACGUGAUAGGCUAGUUGAAGCUGAAAAAGAAGGAGGUCGUCGUGGUAAAGCUCAAAUUGCAACAUUAGAAGCUCGUUUGGCAACCUUAGAUGAGCAACUAGAAGCAGAAAAACUAGAGAAGUUAAAUGCAAAUAAAAAUUUCCGCAGAGCUGAAAAGAAAUGCAAAGAUUUAAUCCUCCAAGUUAGUGUUUUUUCUUUACUUUUCUUAUUUUAUUACCGGUAUUCAUCUUAAAAACUUAUGAGACUACAUCUUAGUUAUUUCAUUCCAACAUUUAUCACAUUCUUAUGCGUAUAUAUAUGUAACUUGUGAAUCUAUGCAGUAAAUUACUAGUCCAUUUGUCAGAACGCUACUUAAUAUUUGAUUCAUAGAAGCUUUUCUCAUUUAUAUUUACUUGGAUGAUUAUUUAUCAAGUGAAAUGUACUAAUUACUUCCAUUCCACCCCAUUAUUUAAAACAACUUCCUUUAUGUCAUGCCUUGAGCAAAUAAUCCUCCUUCGAUGAUGAAAUCUACAAGUUAUCUGUUGAAGAUACUAUGGAUUCAUCGUUAGAAUUUGUACUAAUAAAUGUCUUCCUAUAUAAAUUAUAAGGUACAUCUAACAGAGUAAUUUAUUUAUGCAUUUAAACACAAAUGUUGGUACAAGGAUGCAUCAAUUACAUAUUUGUCACAAAAAUCAUUCGAUGUUUAUGAGGGCUGGAAUACUGUCCAGGCGCCCAAACUAAAGCAGGUGGUUUUCUUAGGUGGUCACUCCCCGAGCCUUUGACCUAGAGGUCUAAUUCAUAAGGCGGCGGAGCAGCGUUAGGAGGCGAUCCCAUAGUAGCAGGUGAUCAACAAUAGGUUCAUGCACCAUUUGUUCUCUCAGGAUCCUAGAGCCCAUAUGACCACUGUUUUGGAAUCAGGGUUUUAUGGAUUUUUCAUAUCCACCAACCCGGUUAAAGCACCGGACAUUCGGUCCUUUCAAUUUAGUAAACAACACUCCGCCUGUCAGCGACUGUAUUCACGUGGCCAUAUGAUAGCAUUUCGGGAAAGAGAGCGGAAUCUCCCCAUCCUCUACUGUCCCAGAGCAUUUGGGGGAAAGUGGAGAAUAACAUCAAUUUGUUCUUUUCUAUAUUAAUCAUAUGUUAACUACACUUAUCCUUACCAUAUUGCAAAUAAAUUAUUGUCAUUCAUAUAUGAAUAAAACCUAACGGUUGAUGUGUAAAAUUUAAAAGUAACAAUUACCAAAGAAAUCGAAAUGCUGACGAUAUUUUGAAACAUCAAUUGUUUAGCUUUAAAUAUCUUAAUUAGGUUAUGUGUACACUCAAUUCACCGUAAUGAUAAUGGUAACCGCAUUGUUUAGUAAAUAUCAGUAUUCAGUCGAUAUUUGAAAUUACUAUUGAUUUUGUGUUGUUUUAACUAGAAUAUGUCUAUUACUUUACCUUAAUUAAUUAAUUAAUCAUUUUUAUGAUUGUUAUUUAUUACUUCUAUAUAUGUAUGUAAUAUUUUCCGGUAAAUGUUAUCUGACUUAUCAAACUGCAUAGAAUGACGAUUUGAGACGAUGUGCAGAAGCGUUGAAGGAAUCUUUUGAAAAAGCUCAAUCUUCAUGUAAACAAAAUAAACGAGAAAUAGCAGGUCUUGAAGAAGAGAACGCCAGAAUCAAUGCAAGAUGUCGCCGCCUCCAAAGAGAUUUGGAAGAAGUAAUGGAAGCUAAACGAACCAUUGAACGAGAUCUACAAAAUCUUCGUAAACUUAGUCGAAGUACGACUCGUCCAAAUCGUCAAUUGCCGACAGUACUAUCAACACUUUCACCUGAUGUUACAGUAGAUGAACAUAAUUCAGUGAGUGAAUUGGAUUCUAUGACUAGUGAUUUUGGAAGCGGUGGAUCAGUUGCUACUCACAAUAAUAAUAAUAAUGCUUCUACGCCUUCAGCUAAUGAAAAUUGAAUUUUUUUAUAUUAUCUACAAACUAUUAUUAUUAUCGCAAAAUAUCAUUGGGAAAGUCUUGUUUUACUUUCCUAUUUUUAACCUAUUUUGGGCAACUCAUAGUACACAAAUAUGCUGUUACACAAUUUGCACGAACAGCUAUACACUUUAUCUAUGGUAUACUACUAUUAUGGCUGGUGUGUUAUUUUUCUCAUCACUACAUCACAAUUUCCAAAGCCAACCUGAGUUUACUCCGCGUACAUAUAUAUACGUUAAUGUGUAUUGCGGUUGUUCCAAUUCUCUAUUAACUAACACUACAAGUAUUAUUAUCUUGAUAAUCAUGGUUGCUUUAUGUAUCGGAAGAAUUUUCAUUCCUUUACACUAAGGUGCGUCUCUAAAACUUCGAACCUUGGUGUUUUCAAACCUCCGAUUUUUUUAACAAAAUAGAAAUAAACUUUUUCUAACUUUGUUGGUUUUUUAAUGAUUCUGAUUGGAUUUUUAUAAAAAAGUUUUGCCCUUUGCUCCAUUUGUAAAUCAAUGUUAAAACUAACAACAUAUUUGUUACUGCUUGUUUAAUUAUGAUAUAUAUUUCAGCCAUUAUCAGCAGUCAAAUACAUCACUCUAAAUAUGGCACUUAUUACUUUUCUUAAGAUAUGUUCUUUCCUUUUUGCUCUACAAAUAUUGCGUCCAACCGUCAACAGUUAGAAUUGUUGAAAUUUAUGCUAUCUGCCUGCCUUCUCUGCGAACAAAACUAAUUUAAAAUUGAUAUGAUGUUUUCUAUCUUGAGAUGCGUUUUUAAAAAAAAAUAAUACUUGCAC